UCAAACCAAUCUUUCAAGAUGAUUCAAUAUCCAGUUCAUUACUACUGUUUACCCAUUUUCUUAUAUAGGUUUUGGUUAGCGGUGGAAGAUCUGAAGAAGAGACCCAUCCGCGAUGUUCCUGUCAGAGUACAGGAAAUCUGGCAAGAAUUCCUGGCCCCUGGAGCACCAAGUGCCAUUAAUCUAGACUCAAAAAGUUAUGACAAAACCACACAGAAUAUGAAGGAACCAGGACGAUAUACAUUUGGUGAUGCUCAGGGGCACAUCUACAAAUUGAUGAAAAGUGAUUCAUAUCCACGUUUUAUACGAUCCAAUGCCUACCAGGAAUUACUGCAGGCCAAGAAGAAGUUGGGAAAUACACUGGAUCGCCGAACAUCAUUUGAAAAAUUCACACGAAGUGUGGGGAAAUCGCUCACAUCAAAGAGAUUAACCAGUCUAGUGCAGUCCUACUAAAAAGAUCAUCUUGUAGCAUGGAAGCAGACUCAGUCAUUAUACAUACUUCGUAGCUCACUAAUUGCCUGAAAUCAGAGGACAAUAGAACAAGAUGUUGCAUGAGCAAGGACCUGACUUGUUUUCUUUUGUGUAUAUCAAGGCAUUACAGACUCCAAGGAACUCACUACUGUAACCUUUUGAUGCCUCCAUUUUGAAAACUCUCUGCUCACUUUCGCCUUCAUAUCAAGCUGGAUCUGUGUCUAUUUAUUUUUUGCAAUUUACAGUACAUUUUUUUAAAGCUUCUGUUAGGCACAGUUUAUUUACAGUGCUGUCAUUCACAAACUGGAAGACAUGUAAAAAAAAGAAUAUAUUAAUAAAUAUACCUAAUAUGGCAUCACAGCUAUUGCACAAUAAAUUAGCACAGAAGGUUCUGUCUCACAGAUGUAUUCACAUCAAGAAAGAAAGUCUGUGUCUUUGUCCGUUGUCUGUAAAUUCUGUUAAUGUUUCUUGCAUUUAUUUUUAUACCAUAUUUUAAGGGGGAAAAAGAAAUCCUUUUAUUCCAAAUGUAUUAAAACUGAUCCUUUCUCUGUAAAUUUGUGUAUGUUUAUAUUGUUGUUUUAUCUUUCAUUAAAAUAUGCAGAAUCUC